GCGAUCCCCUCAAGAAGCCAUCAUCACUCUCUUACUCUCAAGCGGCGAGGCGAGAGAGAGAUUCUCUGCAACUUUCGUCGAUCCCUUCUUCUUCUCUCUCUCUCUUGAUCAAAAACUUUUAUCGAAUUUCGUUUUAAUUGAGCUACGUAAUCUUGAAUUCUGCAGCGUGUUGGUAUUGCUUCUACUUAACGUUGUUUGUUUGUUCCCUUUCUUUUUUUUUUUUUUGGCUUUUCAGAGAUAUUUUUCUAUGUUCUUCUUCCCCGAAGAUAACAGCAGGAGUUUGAUAUAGAUGAAAAUGGUGAAAAGCUGGGGUGGAGUUAAAUAGAUUAAUGUGUUGAAAUGGGUACAAGAAGCGAUCUCAGAGGCUUUCUUAAACAGAGCCAAAAGACAUCAGAUGGGAGAUCAUCGAAAGGAAUGUGAUGAGGUUGUGAAAUACAUGUCAAAGUUGCCGCCCUAUCUCCAAGGAGGAGAAGAAGAAAGCAAUGUUUUGAAUGUUGGAGUCUUGGACUGGUCUCGUCUUGAGAAAUGGAAGCAGAAAUGUGAGAGAAGAGUGUCUUCUACUACUACUACUACUUUAGCAACACUUCCCAAUGCCUCCUCUCAUCGCAUUCACAGGUGUAAGAUUGGUGACCACCAAGUGCAUGCUGGUUCCAAUCUCCGUAAAAAAGUGAAAGCUUCCCGGGAUCUUCAACUCGGAGUUAGAUGCAACUCGGAGUUUGCUUCUUCUUCUAGGGAUUCACCAAAUAAGCAGGAAAUGCCAACCUGCAGCUAUAAUAAGUCCUCUGCCAGAGAUGAAGAAAGAGUAAAUAAGAGCAGAAGAUCGCCUUCUUCAUCAGGUCUAUUGUCAACGAUGGGAAACUCUUGGGGAUCGCUAGGCACAAAGGAGACUGAGAAGAGAGCACAAGAAGAAGCUAAAGAAAGCCGGAAACAAUGUGUUGUUGACAAGUUAAAUAGAGAGGACAAGACCGUUGUUCUCCUGCGAUCAAGACGAAGCACCCUUUCUAGUCAACCACCCCCACUGGAUCAUAACGCUUCUAAAGUAGCAGCAAGUGAGCUUCUCGACUCUAGCUCUUUACAGUUGACAUCUCGACUUCCUCCUCGUUCCUGUCCACUCUCUUUCCACUUUGGCAGAGAUUCUGAAGAUAUCAUGUUGCUGCCUCUUCUCGGUGGUGUUGAUCUUUCUCCUUCUAGUGGGACAACAAGGCACUCAAAGACUGCUUCUUCGAGGAUAUUUGAUCAACAAGACAAGAUCAGACAUGAUAAUACUUCACCAAGCAAGCGUUUUAGUUUCAGCUUCGGUCGUCUCAGCAGAAGUUUCACCUUCAGAGAAGAUUCAUCAGCUACUGAUUCUAUGAGAUUUGAUGGUUUAGCUUGUCCAUCUCAUCAGUCAAGCAAUACGGAGGAGGAGAAGCACAACACUCACGGUGGUGGAUCUCGGGUUAGCCCUCUUAGAAGACUUCUUGACCCUUUACUGAUGAAACCCAAAGUCUCAACUUCUUCCAAUCAAGAUGAAAAGAAGAAGCAGUCGAGAACACGAGCUCUUUUACAGCUAACGAUCAGAAACGGCAUCCCUCUAUUUCAAUUUGUGGUCGAUGAUGACAACCUCAACAACAAGAGCAGGAGCAUCCUAGGGGCUACAAUGAAAAGCUCUGAUUCAUCGUUCAAAGACGAAGAUUCUGUUAAGUACUGCACAUUCUACUCAGUUAAUGAAGUCAAAAAGAAAAAAAGCGGAAGCUGGUUGAUCCAUGGACACAAAGACAAACAACAACAACAAGACAGGUUCGUCUACAAUGUCAUCGGUGAAAUGCGGUUAUGCAACUCAGAUAUAACAGAGCAUAAACCGGAAAACAUCUCUUGUGUGAUGAGAGAAUCAGUGCUCGUUGAUGAAACAGAGGAGCAAGUAAAAGGGAGGAAAGAGGUUGCAGCCGUGGUGAUCAAGAAAGGAGAAACGACAGUGAUAAUUCCAGGUGGCGUUCACAGUAUCCCGGAGAAAGGAGAACCGACGACGUUGAUUAGAAGGUGGAGAUCGGGAGGGUGUUGCGACUGCGGUGGCUGGGAUGUGGGAUGUAAACUCCAUGUCCUCUCCAACAAUACACUCCUCCAUGAUUUUGACCAAACCUUCACACUUUUCGAUCAGGAAGAAAGUGAUAAAAACACUGGUCCGGUUUUGGGGAUGACAGAGCUCAAGACAGGGAUGUAUAGGGUGGAGUUUGGUUCGUUUCUUUCGCAUCUACAAGCGUUUUUUGUGUGCGUGACGGUUGUAACGUGUGCCUCCGAGGAGGAAACGGUGUCAAAGACUACCGCAAAAACUUCCUCUCCGUUUGCUCCGCCUCUGUCUCCUGUUGGUAGAGCCUAAAUACCCCCCCACAAACUCGGGGACAGAGAGAGAGAGAGAGAGAGAGUGUAUAAUGGCUCUGGUCUUUCUUUCUUUCUUUCUUUCUUUGGACAACGAGAGAGAGAGUAUGCCAUAUUGUCAUGGUUUCCGGUCGAUACUUCACAGUCAAUGUGACGAGUUCACAUGCAUUAUUGAUUCAUGCUCUGUCCUUUUCAAAAAAAGAAAUGAAAAAUACCACCUGUACUUCCAAAA